UUAAGUCAAGUAUUCAACACAAUUUUAUAUCAUUAACAUGUGAGUAGUAUCAAUAGUUCCGAAUUUUUAACACCUUUCAAACAAAAUAAACAAUUCUGCUAAUAAAAAAAAAAACAUAUAUGCAAACGUUCUUAUAAAACAUAAAGAUAUUCUUCAUUCCACAAUAUUUUACUAUUACUCUUAAAAAAAUGUUGUCUUGUCAGAAGUCUGUGCAGUAACAUUCCGAUUACGCUUCCCUUCAUCUGGCGUGAACCAAAGCCAUUGGCUUUGGUCUUUCGCUAGGGUUUGGGGAUUCGUCAUUUCCAUUUUCUAUGUUCACCCUUUUAUCUCUUCAAAUUCACAUGAUUUUUGUUUCAACUUCAAAGGAAACAAAACCGAAAGAGGGGACAUCAAUGCAGCAGUUUGUGAUGGGUUUGAUGUAAUAUUUUGUGGUUCUGGUCAAGUGUUGUGAGGAUCUUGAGGGGGAUUUUGCUGAAGGUUGUGAGUCUGUGACAAUGCCUUCUACUGAUAAUCAGAGCCCUUCUUCAUCGUUUUCCUCCUUUGGCCGUUCGCUAUUUGGUAUGAGGCAGGAACAGGUUCAUUCUGUAGAAGCAAGUCAUGAAUCGGAUUCGUGUAAUUUAGAGCUUGGAUCAUUCCAAAAGCGUGUUACAGAUCGUUUUCAUGACCUUUCUGGUGUUAGUGACGAUGAAUUGCUCUCGAUUGAUUGGAUGCAGAAGCUCCUCACUGCAUUUAUAUGCUGCCACGAUGAAUUCAGAGCCAUUCUGUUGAAUAAUAAAGGGCAAGUGUCGAAACCCCCUCUGGAUCGUAUGAUGUCUGAAUUCAUCGAGAGGUCGGUCAAGGCACUUGACAUUUGUAAUGCGAGUCGAGAUGGGAUUGAGAAUAUCCGUAUGUGGCAAAAGCAUCUGGAAAUUGUGAGUUGUGCCUUGGGUUCAAAUAAGAGACCAUUGACCGAAGGCCAGUUUAGGCGGGCGAGAAAGGCGCUGAUGGAUUUAGCAUUGACAAUGCUCGAUGAGAAAGAAUCAGGAUCUAUUUAUUCUCAACGUAAUAGAUCUUUCGGACGGCAUAACUCGAGCAAGGAUCAUCAUUCGGCAGGGCAUUCAAGAUCACAUUCAUGGAGUGUCUCUCGGUCCUGGUCUGCAGCCAAGCAACUGCAGUCCAUUGCAAAUAACCUGGUUCCGCCUCGUCCAAACGAGAUUGCUGCAACGAGCAGGCUUUCAGUUUCUGUUUAUACAAUGAAUUGUAUUCUCUUGUUUGUUUUGUGGAUCCUUGUUGCAGCUAUUCCUUGCCAGGAUCGCGGUCUAAACAUUCAUUUUUCAGUCCCAAGGCAAUAUACCUGGAGCAUUCCGGUUACCUCACUUCACGAACGGAUCCUGGAGGAGUCAAAGAAGCGAGAGCGCCGGAACUCAAAUGGUUUGCUGAAGGAGAUAUAUCAAAUUGAGACAACUACCCGACACUUGACAGACCUGGUAGAUUCUGCUCAGUUUCCGUUGAGCGAGGAACAUAAAAUGGAAGUUGAACAGGAUUUGAAGGAGCUGAAGCUUGUUUCUGAAGCUUUUAGAGAUGGAUUGGAUCCAUUGGAGCGGCAAGUGAGGGAGGUGUUCCGAAAAAUAAUGACUUGCCGAACUGAGGGGCUUGAUUCCCUCGGUGCGGCAAGCUAUACAGAGCAAUGAAAAUGGUGAGUUGUUGCUGAAUUAUCAGAGGUACAAUGUUUGCUGAACAUGUACAUUUUAAAUAUUGUUACUAGCUUCUUUGAGAGGAGGAAGAGUGACAGGAAAAAGUAUGUUCUUUUGUAAUGCUUGGUAUUAGUCUCUCAGUACUUUGUGUAGGAAAAAAUAUGGUCAGGUUACUUAUUAAAUAUCUUAUGGUUUAUUUGCUUAUAACUAAAUCUACAGCAAGUGUUUUCUUACACUUGUGUAUGGUUUAUUAUUCA